AUGGCAGUAUCUAUAUGGAGUCAUCGUGCGGCUUUCCACAAUCGUAUAAAUGACGAGGUUGCUGUUUCCUCACCACAUCUCCGCACUCUGCUGGGCUUCAAUUUGAUUUUGACUAAUGGGAGAAGAUUUUUGAAUGGGUUAAACUUAUUAAGGGUGCUGGAUCUCGAGGGCACAAGAGAUCUUAAGGAGUUACCGAAACAGAUCGGCAGCAUGAUUCAUCUACGAUAUCUGGGAUUGAGAAACACUAGUUUGAAGAGACUGCCAUCCUCCAUCCGACAUCUCCUGAAUCUGCAGACUCUGGAUGUGAGUGGUACAUACAUUUAUUGGCUUCCGAAAUCAUUUUGGAAAAUCCGGACACUGAGGCACGUAUAUAUUAAUCUACACAUGUUUCUAAGCGCACCGAUAGGUGGUGAUCACAAAAACUUGCAGACUCUGCAAAUCGAGGAGUCUGAAUUUGGUCUGGAUGCUAUGGAUAUUGUCCGUUUACGAGGCAUAAGAUUCAUCAAAAAAUCGGUUACUACACCAAGCUUUACUACGGAGGAGAUUCACAAAGCAGUUGAUAGAAUGUUUGAGGAGUCACUCAAAAAAGCACUCAAGCAAAUGGACAACCUCGUCUUGUUGUCUCUGAUUUUGCUCGAAUGUAUAAUCCCUGGGGAUGUCCUUUUUGCUCAGACACCAAACCUGUACCAGCUCCGUUCAUUGACAUUAUGGGGACAGUUGUUACUCAAACAACAGCAGCAGUGCCCCAGAUAG